AUGGAGCGGCCCCGAACAGCUGCGGACGGCCUCUCGCGCUGGCCCUACGGCCACGGCCUCGGCCUCCUCCUCCUCCUCGGCCUCUCGCUGCUGCCGCAGGCCGCGCUGGGCCAGGACCGGCUGGACGCCCCGCCGCCGCCCGCCGCGCCGCUGUCGCGCUGGGGGGGCCCCGUCGGGGUGAGCUGGGGGCUGCGCGCGGCCGCGCCCGGCGGCCCGUUCCCCCGCGGCCGUUGGCGCCGCAGCGCGCAGGACCCGGACCGGGACUGCGGCCGGAUCCCGGACUUCGUCUCCAGGCUGGUCAACAACACGCACCAGCAUGUAUUUGAUGAUCUCAGUGGCACAGUAUCCCUGUCUUGGGUUGGAGAUAGCACCGGGAUCAUUCUAGUCUUGACUACCUUCCAUGUACCACUGGUAAUUAUGACUUUCGGACAGUCCAAGCUAUAUCGAAGUGAGGACUAUGGAAAGAACUUUAAGGACAUUACAAAUCUCAUCAAUAACACCUUCAUUCGGACUGAAUUUGGCAUGGCUAUUGGUCCUGAGAACUCUGGAAAGGUGAUUUUAACAGCAGAGGUGUCUGGAGGAAGUCCUGGAGGAAGAAUCUUCAGAUCAUCAGAUUUUGCAAAGAACUUUGUUCAGACCAAUCUCCCAUUUCAUCCUCUGACUCAGAUGAUGUAUAGCCCUCAGAAUUCCAAUUAUCUUUUAGCCCUCAGCACUGAAAAUGGCCUGUGGGUGUCCAAGAAUUUUGGGGAAAAAUGGGAAGAAAUCCACAAAGCAGUGUGUUUGGCCAAAUGGGGAUCGGAAAACACCAUCUUCUUUACUACCCAUGUGAAUGGCUCCUGCAAAGCUGACCUUGGGGCACUGGAAUUAUGGAGGACUUCAGACUUGGGUAAAAGCUUCAAAACCAUUGGUGUGAAAAUCUACUCAUUUGGUCUUGGGGGACGUUUCCUUUUUGCCUCUGUGAUGGCUGACAAGGAUACAACAAGAAGGAUUCAUGUGUCAACUGAUCAAGGAGACACGUGGAGCAUGGCCCAGCUGCCCUCUGUGGGGCAGGAACAAUUCUACUCUAUUCUAGCAGCCAAUGAUGACAUGGUGUUCAUGCACGUAGACGAACCUGGAGAUACUGGGUUUGGCACAAUCUUUACCUCGGACGAUAGAGGCAUUGUCUAUUCCAAAUCCUUGGACCGACAUCUCUACACCACCACUGGUGGCGAGACUGACUUCACCAAUGUGACUUCCCUCCGUGGGGUCUACAUAACAAGUGUGCUCUCUGAAGAUAAUUCUAUCCAGACUAUGAUCACUUUUGACCAAGGAGGAAGGUGGAAGCACCUGAGGAAGCCUGAGAACAGUGAAUGUGAUGCUACAGCAAAAAAUAAGAAUGAGUGCAGCCUUCAUAUUCAUGCUUCCUACAGUAUCUCCCAAAAACUAAACGUUCCAAUGGCCCCCCUCUCAGAGCCAAAUGCCGUGGGCAUAGUCAUCGCACAUGGUAGCGUGGGAGAUGCCAUCUCAGUCAUGAUCCCGGACGUGUACAUCUCAGAUGAUGGGGGUUACUCUUGGACAAAGAUGCUGGAAGGACCCCACUAUUACACCAUCCUGGAUUCCGGAGGCAUCAUCGUGGCCAUUGAGCAAACCAACCAUCCUAUCAAUGUGAUUAAGUUCUCCACAGACGAAGGUCAGUGCUGGCAAACCUAUACAUUCACCAAGAAGCCCAUGUACUUUACCGGCCUGGCUUCGGAACCUGGAGCAAGGUCCAUGAAUAUCAGCAUCUGGGGCUUCACUGAAUCUUUCCUGACACGCCAGUGGGUCUCCUACACCAUUGAUUUUAAAGAUAUCCUUGAAAGGAACUGUGAAGAGAGGGACUAUAUGAUAUGGCUGGCUCAUUCCACAGACCCUGGAGAUUAUGGAGAUGGCUGCAUUUUAGGCUAUAAAGAACAGUUCCUGCGGCUACGCAAGUCAUCCGUCUGUCAGAACGGCCGGGACUACGCAGUGACCAAGCAGCCAUCCGUCUGUCUCUGCUCCCUGGAGGACUUCCUUUGUGAUUUUGGCUACUUUCGUCCAGAAAAUGACUCCAAGUGUGUGGAACAGCCAGAGCUGAAGGGCCACGACCUGGAGUUUUGUCUGUAUGGCAGAGAGGAGCAGCUGACCACAAAUGGAUACCGGAAAAUUCCAGGAGACAAAUGCCAGGGCGGAGUGAAUCCAGUUCGAGAAGUGAAAGAUUUGAAAAAGAAAUGCACAAGCAACUUAUUGAGCCCAGAAAAGCAGAAUACCAAGUCAAAUUCUAUUCCAAUUAUCCUGGCCACUGUGGGAUUGAUGCUAAUCACAAUCGUAGCAGGAGUGCUCAUUGUGAAGAAAUACGUCUGCGGGGGAAGGUUCCUGGUGCAUCGGUACUCGGUGCUGCGGCAGCAUGCAGAGGCUAACGGUGUGGAUGGUGUGGAUGCUUUGGACACAGCCUCCCACACCAAUAAAAGUGGUUAUCAUGAUGACUCAGACGAGGACCUCCUGGAAUAG